ACUGUCUGUACGGACGUGGAUCCAACUCGUGAUUGCGAAAUAAUACCCGGCGUUGGGUGCUCUGCACGCUGCAAAGAUGUACACAAAAUAAUACGAAGUACGCACAGGAGCUAGACUGGUUCACUCCACGCGCACUUAAUGGUCUUUAUUCAAGUUGUUUGCAACCACAUAGGUUGAACCAAACUUAGCUCGUGCUAUGUUUCAAGAAUUACAUAACGUUUAAAUGAAAUGCAUAUUCCUGUGUCUAUACUGCUUUCUACUUCCAUGAUUAAACACAGAAAAAUUGUACAGACUCCCAUGUCCCUAAACUGGGUUGAGGACCAUAACGCGACUUCCGACCUAAAACACGACUACUAGACUAUACUAGCCAUAAGGGUCAUUCCAAAACGAUAGAGGGGGUACUUCAUAAAAUGUGGGAAUGAUAAUCAGUGGGAAGAAAUUGUGUAGAAAUGCUCAGUUUUCUGAAGAGAAAACAUGGCAGUACGGAUUGGUCUGAGAGCAGUGCUGAUUGAUUUAAGUGGAACACUACAUGUUGAAGACACCAUUGUCCCAGGAGCAGUUGAGGCGUUGAAAAGGUUGAGAACAGCUCCAGUGAAGAUCAAGUUUGUGACCAACACAACUAAAGAGAGUGUUGUAACCCUUCAUGAACGUCUUCAGAGGCUAGGGUUUGAUAUCAGAAUAACAGACAUCUUCUCCUCACUGACAGCAGCCAGACAUUUAGUGAUAGAAGGUGGACUAAGACCAAUGUUGCUGCUACAAGAUGAUGCCAAGAAAGAUUUUAUAGGUAUACCAACUGAUGAACCAAACGCAGUAGUUGUUGGUUUAACUCCAGACAAUUUCAACUAUGCAACACUCAACACAGCAUUCAAAUUAAUUCUAGAAGGUGCGCCCCUGAUUGCGAUCCACAAAGGGAAGUACUUCAAGAAGCUUGAUGGUCUAGCUCUGGGGCCAGGACCCUUUGUUGAAGCUCUGGAAUAUGCCACUGGAACGACAGCAACUGUUGUAGGGAAACCAGAGAAGACGUUCUUCACAGAGGCCUUGAGGAGCUUGGGAUGUAGUCCAGAAGAAGCUGUGAUGAUUGGAGAUGAUGCAAGGGAUGAUGUUCAAGGAGCAAUACAAGCUGGCCUAAAGGGAAUCUUGGUCAAUACAGGGAAAUAUCGUCCUGGUGAUGAAGACAACAUUCAACCAAGAGCUUACGCCGUCUGUUCAAGUUUUCCAGAGGCAGUGGAACAUAUUAUUUCCAAUAUGUUAUGAUCGGUGAAUAGAGUGAUAACGGCCAAGGUGAUUGAAGUUGGGCAUUUGAAGUUGUCACAAAGCACGAAACCGACCCUGUCUGAGAAUUUGCCUGGCACCCCGCAGUUGGAGCAGAACUUCCAUUUACA